UGUUUUAUCGGCUCGAUUGUGUGUUCCCGGGAAAAUGAAAUUUUACAGAUUUUUCCGCCAAUUCCUGUCGCGGUGUCUAAAAGUUCUAAUUCUGUGUGUAAAGAAGAAAGUGAUAGAUAUAUGGAUAACUUAAAAAAUUUUACAUUAUGGGCACAUGAAAUGUGGGAUGCCACGGCCAAAUCAGCUGCAGGUGUUUUACGGGGAAACGUUUAUCAAAUGGGACAUUUCGAUCAAUGUCUAACUGCAAAGGCACCAUUUCCAACUCAAUAUUGUCUUGCCAUCAUUACAGCCUCUAUACCAAAACCUAAAGACAGACGUGACCCAUUAUCUUUGCAAUUUGAUCCUUACAAAACAGUUUUUCAAAGGCUGUAUAAAUAUGACGAUAAAUCUCAACAAACCCGGAACGUAAUAAAGGUGGGUUGGUGUGUUCCAUCGUCUUGUUCUACUAGAGAUCUAGAAGAAAAUCUUAAUGAGUAUUUGCUUAAUGUGGAUAAUAAACUUCAACAUCAAAAUGUAACUUAUAACGCAAAAUUUAUGGAAGUCUUAUGUCACACUAAAGCAGAAAGUCAGUAUUUUGAUGUAGCGGAUAUCUGUUUCUGUUUCCUUGUUAUUUUGCUAUGUACCAUGGUAAUAGCAGCUACCAUCUACGAUUACAGCAAAUUAUCUCAGUCAAAAGAUAAAAAACUGCUUAAAAAACCACGUUCGUCUAAGUUUAUUAUGGCUUUUUCGGCAAGAAAAAAUUUUCUU